CUCUCUUUCACCUACGCUUUGAAGCGCCUUCCUGCUUUCUGCGUCACCCUUGCACGCCAAAAAACUCUGUCAGCAAACGCGUCUUGCCACCGGCGCCCAGCUCCCAUAUUAAGCUCUCAUUCCCUGCUUCUUUCAACUUCGUCCACGACACACCUUCAACUCCAUCGCGCAAGCAUUCGUCAACGCUGCAGCAAUAUCCAACAUACUUCCAGCUCUACCGCAUCACCAAUCCAUCACCACUGUCACCAUGGUUGCCUUCAGGGUUCUCGUCGCUGCCGCGCUCGCCUGCGUUGUUGUCGCUCAUGAUCAUCCCACCGACACCGUCUGUGUCGCCCCCUUCACUGUGACUGUCACCGAGACCGUGUGCGGCACGCCUGGUGUGCCUGUCCACACCCCCCCUGCGGCUCCCUCCUACGAGGCGCCUCCCCCACCGCCCGCUCCGCCGGUCACUUCGGUUGAGUCUACGGCGACUGCUCCUUUGAGUGGCCCUCCUGUCGACACCGCCACAGUGGUUCCACCUUCUCCCCCUGCGGAGACUGGUGUGCCUCCUGCAGAGACUAGUGUGCCUCCUGUCGGACCCCCACCCGUCGUCCCCACCACCGUUGUGGUCCCUUCGACUGGCGUGGCUCCAUCAACUAGCGUCAUAACCUCCAUCACGUCUUUGGGUCACUCUUCAGCCCACUCCCCCACUGGCGGCCAUACUUCGACAAUCUCGGCCUCUCUCCGUCCUUCAGAAGUCUCGACUGCUGGUGCCGUCAUGGCCAUGCCCACUGCCUACCUCGGCUUUGGCUCGCUGUUCGCUGCUGGUGCUGCGGCAAUGGCUGUCAUCGCCUGAACGCCGACCACUCUACAUCUCAUCAUGAUCAGGUCGGUGUUGAAGUAAAUCAUGGUGUCUUCAAGACCUUGACGUCUCGCACACGUG